CACAGGGGGCGCAAGUCGGCGUUUGAACCUGUGUUUAGGCUGGAGUCUGCUGGAAACGGCGAGACCCUUCUAGCUAGAAUCCCUGCUGUAGAGUCCACAACGGUCUGCAACAGGUGGUUGGUCUAAGAAUCCCACCUACUGCUACAUACCACCACAUCACAAUGCGAGGGGUCUUCCCAAGCCGUCUGAUAACCCAAAUCAUUAUUCUUCGUAUUGAUAACUACUGUCUAUAUUCCUCCUUCCAAACCACGCGACCACCCCUUUCUUUUACUACUAUUCCUAUUAUCAUUGCAUUUUCUUCUUCAGCCACAAACUUUCCCCAAAUGUCACCCAAACCUUCCGAGCCACUAUCAAAGACACCAGCGCAGGCAAAGAAGAAAAAAUCUGGAGACGCUUUCGAUGUCGCGGAGUUUGCAUUUGUAAAUGAGCAGACCGCCCACGAUGCUCGAAGCCAUGCUAUGCGUGAGCAUUGGAAGCAGCGGCGACGAUCAAAGAGCAUCCAUAUCCAUACAGACUCGUCCUCAUCGUCGUCUCGCCGAUCCCCGCCUGUGCUACGCCCAUUGCCAGACCGCACCGGGAAGCCAGCGCAGUCUAGCACAGGCGGGAGUCGAAGGCCAUCAUACACAACGUCUCCGACAAAAAUGAUGGAUUCAGCACAUCUGGAGGGUAUCCCAGCACAGGCACUUUCCGGCAUGAAUUUGGCAUUGGGUAGCUGUCGAUUAGACCCGUUUGAUAAGUUUCCUGUUAAACUAACCGCCCAGCAUCAUAAACUACUCUUGCACUGGUUAACGAUAUAUGCAUCCAUGACGUUCGAUAAUGCACCGAAAUCACGAUUCAAUCCUCUUCGCGAUGUCUUCUUCCCCCUCGAUCUUUCCAAUGCAGCGUCGUUUAAUGCUGUCAUGGCACAAUCGGCAGCACAUCUUGCCCGAAUGCAAAACAGAUCACAUUCUACAGAAGCCUUGACAUUUAAGGCCGAAGCAAUACGGAUAUUGUCAGAGUGGAUGGCAGAUGAGCAAUUAGCGCUCAGUGACGAUGUUCUAGCCGCCAUAUCACGGAUAUUGGCUUACGAGAGGUAUUGGGGCACUGAGGCUGAAUGGCUCGUACACCGCGCAGGUCUCCAAAGACUGAUCGAACAACGCGGUGGUAUAAAGUCGUUACAAAAUAAUUGGCGUCUAGAACUAACCAUCUACUUGAUCAGUCUCAUGUCGAAACCAUCAUGGUUCGAUAGUUCUAAUCAGCUAUGGGAGAUUUGUGAUUCGUCAAUCUCUGCUCGCCUCCACCCCAUAUUGGGCAACCACGAUGCCCUCCCACGUAUCCGAUCUCUUUGGCUCAUAUCCUUUAUACAAGACACGCGAACACUUAUGAACAACUCACUUGUUCUUUACUCCAGUGGCAUCACUAACUACUCCCAUUUGCAAAUCGCCCUCGGAACGCUGUACGCCGCUAUCCCGGCGACAAACGACAACCCAGACAGCCACGAGUGUGACGAGCGUGAAUACACACGAUUAGCCUGUAUUCUGUUUAUUGUUGUUAUCAUUCAAUCUUCUGUUGUUUCUCCACCAUCAGAAGGGGUGUCCCCUACCAGCAACUCUCCAACUGCGGCCGCCGCUGACUCUCAAAUGGCAGAUUUGGACCUUUUCUUAGGAAAUCGCAAAUCAGAGUGGCUGACUUCCAUUGAGGGGCUAUACAAUACUCUCUUUUACGGUUUGCCAAUUCAGGGGCGAUCUAAUAUCAGCGGAUAUGUGCUGAAUCUCUCUACUGUUAUCAGCUACAUGUCACAGGAAACAAGACGUGGUGUUGAACGGUGCCUCUUGAAUAUCCUUCCUCAUACACCAUCAACAAGUUGGGUAGACAAGAAUGAUUGGACACCUGACGUCCUUCUAUCUUCUAUUCGUGGAGAUUAAUCUUAAAGCAUAUUUAUCACUUGUUUCGAGUAUUUAAUUAUCUAGUAAUUGCAACACUCGUGCAGGUGGUGCGUAGAAUAUCGCCCCGGUUACUGCUUUGGAAUAGUCCAGUAUCUUAUCAUACUUUCCAGGAGGGUCCCCAAUAAACAUUCGUUCCAGCAUCUUUUCAAUAACCCAAAGGUCUUUGCAAUAUCCAAUAAAGUAUGUUCCAAAGACCCUUUGCCCAGGAUUCCCAAAAGGCAUAUUAUCUCGAAGAAUCUCACACUCCUCACCGUAUUUAUUUACUACAGUAGCUAGCGUUUUAUGCGCUUUUUGCUGUGAAGCGGGGGCGUCGCUCAGCUCAAUGUUAUCAAACUUUGCUCUUCCGAUCACGUUCUGCUGCUCUUCUGUAGAAAGUUUUGCCCAUGACCCCAUGUCAUGUACAUACUUUUGGACCACUAUGUAGCAUCCACCUGCUGCAGCAGGGUCAUCUUCUGCCGAUAUGCAGACUGUCUUGUUCAGGUCCUGCGCAUCAGGAUUUGCAGUCCCAUCAACAAACCCAAGCAGGUCUCGGCCGUCAAAAUAGCGGAAACCUACUGUCUCAUCCUCAGUAGAGAUGGACUCUCCCAAAAAGUCCAACAGUUGCCGUUCAAACUCAAAUACCAUGUCAUGUCGCUCGGCCCUGAUGUGGAAUAGAAGGUCGCCAGGGGUUGACACUGCGGUAUGAGUACCUCCAUGAAGCUCCUUAAACCGACGCAAUUCGCGGGGCUUUUGGCCAGGGGCCCCUGCGGCAUAGUGCGGAGCCGGAUAUAGUCAGUCCCAUAACGAGCUCCCUAUGCCAGCGUUGCAACUAAGGCGUGCGCCUGGGUAUCGAACAGCUACGUUCUUAAUCAUGUCGCUAAGCGAGGUAAGGCCUUGUUUGAUUGUGGCGAUUGAGUUUGGUCUAGCCGUAGCCGACACUACUAGGAAUGUAGCGUAUUGAGUGAGCGGUUCGCAUAAUGCUUGUGUUGACAUGAUGUUUCAUGAAGUGUCUUGCUUGAGUGUAGACGAGUGGUUCUAUGCAGUAUCUAUGUGAAAAUAGCGAGGCCUAGAAAACUGCGGAAUUGCUCAUUAUAUUUCAAAAGCUGACUCUUAUCCAAUUACAAUGAUGGUACACGGCAGAUGACAUACCUAAAAGAUUCCGAACUACCAAACUAAGCUUUCUUGGAACUGGCGGUCUACUCUUGCGAUUUCCGGCUGCCUUCUGGGAACCCUGUUUUUAGCGUUUUAGAGUCGCGUAACGCACAUGCUAGCGCCCCCCUGUCGUCAAGAAAGCUUUGAGUGA